AUAGAAAAAAAAACAGAAUAACAAAACCCCUCACACAGAUAGAUACAAACAUAUAGAUAUAGAACAAAAGUGUGUUUAUUCUAGAGAGAGAAAGGUGUGAGAGUGGGGCAAUAUGAUGAUGGCGGAUGGAUGAUUAUGAUGAAGAAGAAGCAGAAGCAGCAGUUAAUAUGUAAAUGUUGUUUGUAGAACAAGAGCUGGCUAUGUUGAGGCAGCUCAUCGGUCAAGUUCAAGAGCUCUUAGACCUCUACGAUACUCCGCCGCUUCCUCCGCCGUACCUCCUCCGUCAUCCGCCUCCGACGGUGCUCCAACCGCCGCCGCACCUUCGCAACGACAGAUGGUGUCUUCUAAACCUUGAAGACAACCCAUCGGAAGAUGAUUGCUAUAACCUCGUAAUGCGUGCCGGAAAGUUCAAAAUGCUAGAGCCCGGGAAAGGCCCACCUUCGAAACGGGCCCGAAAGGACCGAACCCGAGAGAAAUUACCCGAAACCUCUAACCCAACCGAAACCAUGGAAUCCGAAAUCUGGAAAAAGUUCCCAGAAGACUUGUACGAAACCGUAAUCGCUCGACUUCCGGUUGCUACCUUUUUCCGGUUCAGAUCAGUUUGCCAGAAAUGGAACUCGUUGUUGACUUCCAACAGCUUUUCAGUUGAAUGUAGCCAAGUCACUCGAACCCAACCAUGGUUCUACACUCGAACCCAUGAAAACGUCAACACCGGAGUCAUGUAUGACCCGGUUUCGCGAAAAUGGUACCACCCAACCGCACCCGCGGUCCCCACAAAGAUGAUAAUAUUACCGGUGGCAUCUGCAGGCGGGCUAAUUUGUUUUCUAGACAUCGGUCAUAAAAGCUUCUACGUCUGUAACCCGUUGACCCAAUCGUUCCGUGAGUUACAGGCUAGAUCGGUCAAAGUUUGGUCUAGGGUGGUUGUUGGGAUGAGUGUAAAUCACAAAUCCGGUAGUGGGGCCUACCGGAUCAUGUGGGUCAGGUCUGACGGUGAGUACGAAGUUUACGAUUCUAAAAGCAACACGUGGAUGUGCCCGGGUGGCAUGCCGGCUUGUAUCAAACUGCCGUUGUCGUUAAACUUUAGGUCACAUCCGGUGACUGUAGACGGGUGUAUGUAUUUCCUACGGUCCGAUCCAGACGGGAUUGUAUCGUACGACAUGGAAACGGGAAUUUGGAAGCAGUUUACGGUUCCGGCCCCUGUCCAGUUAAGCGAUCACACGCUGGCGGAGUGCGGCGGCAGGAUAAUGUUGGUGGGUUUGGUGAGUAAGAAUGCCGCCACGUGUGUCUGCAUAUGGGAGUUGCAGAAGAUGAGUCUGUUGUGGAAGGAGGUUGACAGAAUGCCAAAUGUAUGGUGCUUAGAGUUCUAUGGAAAGCCCAUAAAAAUGUCUUGUUUGGGUAACAGAGGGUUGCUUAUGUUAUCGCUACGGUCUAAAAUGAUGAACCGGUUGGUUACUUAUGAUGUUUUAAGAAAAGAAUGGUUUAAGGUUCCUAACUGUGUGUUUCCACAUAGUCGAAAACGACAGUGGAUCGCUUGUGGGACAGCCUUUCAUCCAUGUCUGACGGCUAAGGCUUAGCCGUUGGUUUGCCACGUAGGAUUGUCGAAGAAGAUUAUAGGUGGUCUUGUUUAAAUUUUGUGUAAUGUUAAGUAUGUUACAUUGACCAUCUUUGUGUUGACCCGAACACGUCAUGUUUUAUUUUCCCUGCCUCUAUGAUGUCUUCCAACCAAAGGUCAUAACUCGGUUUGAUCCGGCCUACCCAUUGCAAUUCAAAACUUUGAUUAUGUAACA